AUGCCUGCUUCUCCUCCCCCUCCCGUUCUGCGUCCAAAAAAGACCCAGCCUGUCAAUGCUCAUAAGGAAGAAGAACCAAUCAGCUAUGACAUCAAUAUUCCUUACAUGGAUGUUAACCAAGAAACCCAUGCGCGAACCAGAUACCCGGAAUAUCUACCAACAUGGGACAAGAUCUGGUUCGAUCCACUACCUCCAUUCACCUAUGAGGAUCCUGCCUUGCGCGUAACAGACAAGUCCAAGCGCAAUCUUCUUACGCCCGGUGCCAAAGUGACGGAAAUCCAGCCGCGCAUGGGAACGGUCGUCGAGGGCGUACAGCUGAACCAGCUGACCGAUGCGGCCAAGGACGAGCUUGCGCUGCUGGUCUCCGAGCGCAAAGUCGUCGCCUUCCCGGAUCAGGACCUUAUUGACGACGGUCCGGCCGCCCAAGAGGCAUUUAUGAGCCAUUUUGGAAAACCGAACUACCAGCCCGUCUCCGGGAGCGUGCGCGGCCACCCGGGAUUCCAUAUCAUCCAUCGAGAUGGAAAUCGCGAAGAAAUCUCGCGCUUCCUGGAACAACGCACCACCACCACCCUGUGGCAUCAGGAUGUGAGUUAUGAAAUCCAGCCCCCAGGCUACGUCAUGCUGGGGCUGUUGGAAGGUCCCGAAGUGGGAGGUGAUACCGUUUUUGCCGCGACCGAUAUGGCCUACAAGCGUCUAUCUCCCACUCUCGCCUCCUGGCUCGACACCCUUCGUGUCACCCAUUCCUCGGCCAAAAUGAUCAACCACGCCCGUCUAACCGGAGGACUUGUUCGCAAGGACCCUGUCGACACCACUCACCCACUUGUUCGCGUGCACCCGGUCACGGGCGAAAAAUGUCUUUUCAUCAACGGCGAGUUCGUCACCAAAAUCCAGGGUCUCAAGGAGCCCGAACAGCGCUGGCUCUUGGAUUUCCUCAUGCAGCAUAUCAUCAGUGGUCAUGACUUUCAAGCUCGUGUGAGAUGGCAACCGAAGACGGUUGUCAUUUUUGAUAAUCGGUGCACGCUUCACUCCGCGAUCGUCGACUACCUAGAUGACGACUACGGCGCCAAACUCCGCCAUAUUUUCCGUCUGGCUGCAUUGGGUGAAAAACCAAUUCCAGUCUAUGAUCAAUUCGAGUGA